AUGUCUUGCUCAUCAGGAAGACGAUUCGCGUCGCCUCGCUAUCUCUUCCCCCCCAUCCCGUCGCCUCGCUAUCUCUCCCUCCCAUCCCGCACGCCUUUCUCUGCCGUCUCUCGUCUUCUCUCACGUCGCCCCUCCCCUCCCGUCGCCUUUCCCUCCCGUUGCUUUCCUCUCCCCUCGCCUUUCUCUCCCAUCGCCUUUCCCUCCCGUUGCUUUCCUCUCCCCUCGCCUUUCUCUCCCAUCGCCUUUCCCUCCCGUUGCUUUCCUCUCCCCUCGCCUUUCUCUCCCAUCGCCUUUCCCUCCCGUUGCUUUCCUCUCCCCUCGCCUUUCCCUUCGUCGCCUUUCUUCUCCCGUCGCCUCUCAUCUCCCGCCGCCCUUCCUUCUCUCCCGUCGCCUUUCCUCUCCAGUCGCCUCUCCUCUCCUGCCGCCCUUCCUUCUCUCCCGUCGCCUAUCUUUCCCUCUCGUCGCCCUUUCUCUCUCCCGUCGCCCUUUCUCUCCCGUCGCCCUUCAUCUCUCGCGUCGCUCUUCCUCUCUCCCGUCGCCCUUUCUCUCCCGAAGCUCUUCCUCUCUUCCGUCGCCCUUCCUCUCUCCCCUCCUACCACCCACCUCGGCGCCCUCCCGUCGCCCCGAAAUGCCUGCUCGUCGCCCUUCCUCUCUCCCCUCCCACUACCCACCUCGGCGCCUUCGCGCUCGCCCCGAAAUGCCUGCCCGUCGCCCUUCCUCUCUCCCCUCCUACCACCCACCUCGGCACCCUCCCAUCGCCCCGAAAUGCCUGCUCGUCGCCCUUCCUCUCUCCCCUCCCACUACCCACCUCGGCGCCUUCGCGCUCGCCCCGAAAUGCCUGCCCGUCGCCCUUCCUCUCUCCCCUCCUACCACCCACCUCGGCACCCUCCCGUCGCCCCGAAAUGCCUGCUCGUCGCCCUUCCUCUCUCCCCUCCCACUACCCACCUCGGCGCCUUCGCGCUCGCCCCGAAAUGCCUGCCCGUCGCCCUUCCUCUCUCCCUCCUACCACCCACCUCGGCACCCUCCCGUCGCCCCGAAAUGCCUGCUCGUCGCCCUUCCUCUCUCCCCUCCCACUACCCACCUCGGCGCCUUCGCGCUCGCCCCGAAAUGCCUGCCCGUCGCCCUUCCUCUCUCCCCUCCUACCACCCACCUCGGCACCCUCCCGUCGCCCCGAAAUGCCUGCUCGUCGCCCUUCCUCUCUCCCCUCCCACUACCCACCUCGGCGCCUUCGCGCUCGCACCAAAAUGUCUGCCCGUCGCCCUUCGUCACUCCCCUUCCAUCACCCACCUCGGCGCCUGCGCGCUCGCCCCGAAAUGCAUGCCCGUCGCCCCUCGUUCUCCCCUCCCAACACCUUACCAUUCCGCUAUUCUCGUUCACUCUGCUCUCUUCGUGCGUUCUCGUUUCCGUCUCCCUAUCCCUUUUUAA